GUCUCAUCUUACAAACAUUGGAUUCCAAGGGUUUGAGUUACAAUCAUAAGCUCCAAUCUUGGGUUGAAGCUGCCUCUGAUAGCUUGGGAGCCUUCAAUUGACAAUCGGAGGUCGUGAUUUGGUAGGGCAACAGCAAUACUGUAGCAUCAACCGAGUAUCCGCCAUAUCAUUAUUAUAUGGUCCCGAGCCCUUCCCAGCCCUGUGGCCUGAUGAGAUUAUCGUGAAGAUUGCGCUGAACGGUCCUAGCAAACCCGGUCUUAAGUCGUUGCGCUAAGACGCUCAAGCCACCCGGGACAGCCAAAUACAGAUGACGCCUCGUGUUGUCGGCCUCUAGGCGCCGUGAUCUUCUGCCCACCCUUCUCUCCACAUCGAAAUUCCCCAUUCCCCAUGGAAGUUCAAUAUCUGUGAAUACCUUUUUCAUAGCAUCGGUCGUUUUAUUGCCAACCAACAGUCCACACGGUCCUUCGUCGCGAAAGCACAGUACGGUAUUGUCUUUAAUCAUAUAUCCUUUUUCUCAACGCCCUCAAUCGGAGUAGGUAGUUUCAAUUGCCAGUGAUUGAAGGUCCUCUCUCUAUUCUUUCCGAGAGACAUCCAAGUCGAGAGGGUUGCGAUAUAGUCUCUCGCUAUGGAUGGCAUCGGAGGACAGAAAGAACCGCGCGAGCGCUCUUUUCCCCGUGCGCCAUCUCGAGCUAGUACAAUUGGUACUUUGAACACUCAAAUGACGCCGAACAGUGCGAGCAGCUCUUCGUCUCGCUUACGGGAGGUAACGCAUAUGAAUGAACCCACAACUCACAAUUAUCAACACAAUGAUUCUGGUAGGGGCAUAGCACCUGCUCGGCCAAUGUCGCGAAUAUCGCGAGAACCUGGUGACGAGCUACGCGACCCGACGACAUCUACCCCAACCUCGAGCCUUCUACAGGAGAGAUUACAACGAGAGAGAAGUGAAAGGCAGGCGACCAGACUCGGAGGCGACUUGAGUGCCUCUACCGGUGAUAUUCGAGGCAGGGAUGUGCAGUACUCACCCGUGAAAAGGAGUGCUACUGCCAUGGGACGACAAAGCUUGAUUGGUGGCGAUGAUAUUGCCAAAGACGGCGCCGGGAUGGGAGCCAGACAGAUGGAAAAGGUAGGAGAUGUCCAUGACAAUACGCGCUCUCCUAAGAAGUUCCGUACCCCGGCUGACUUAGACGAGAAGACCCUGGAGACACUACACAAGCAGAAUUUCGACUUAAAACUCGAGUUAUUCCAUAGACGUGAAAAAGGUCUUUCUUUAGAGGUCAGAAACCGCGAACUUGAGUCCCAGCAUAGCGACAUGCUGAAGCUCCAAGAUGACAUGAUCAGAGAGAUGGGUCAGAAAGACAAAGCUCUUGAGGAGGCUGUCUCUCUAAUAGUGGGAUUGGAAGCACGAAUCGAAGAUUUGGUUCGGGAGAGAGACAUGGUCCGACUAGUUGAAGCAGAUGGCGCAUACCGUCACUCACCCUCCGGUAAACCCGCCCCCCAACCUACAACUAUCGUUACGCCGAAAGUAAAGAGUAUCUUUGUUCCACGUUCAACCGACGAUACCCCCCCAAAGACGCUGGGACGUAUGCCUAGCUUCCUUUCAGAACGUAGCCACCAUACCGAGAACCUACGAAAUGUAGUUCUAAAAGGACGAGGCAGCAUAAUGCAUAUGCGCAAGGUUUCCGAGUCGUCGACUGCUGACCCUAGCGAUAUUAACCGUAUCGCCAGUCCCAGCUUAAGCGUACUCAGUGAAAGUUCGUUUGUCAGCAUAUACGGUAUCAAGGAUGGGAGAGAUAAGGCGGAGUUGCAGCCACCGGCUGAUGUAAUAAGCAUGGAUAGGAGCUACGCUGAUCGUUCGUUCACGACAACAAAGACGAAGAGGGAGAGUUUGACCGGUGGUGCCAGGCUCUCGGGUCCUGCGUUCUCUAUCAACAACAUCAUCGAUACGAACUCGCCUUUACAGAAACUCGAGCGACUUGAAGGACGCAUGGCAACUGAUGAUCUCACUGGGCAGCCCGUAACUAACCGUGGUCGUGACACGACCACUCCAAACCCUAGGUCUACGCAUCCACCGCCCCAAGCCAAAAAAACCAAGCAAGAGAAGCGCGAGGCUCUGCAAAGAGUUCUGACGAAUUAUCCGCAACACAGGGAUUUUUCCAACCCACAGGCUUUCCCUCCCACCCCUGACACGGUAUCAUCGUCCACGCUUCGAAAGCAGCAGAACCUGAGCAGUUCUCAAGACAGUCUCAUGAAGCAAGGAGGAACUGUUUCGGGUGAUGAUCUAGCGCCGAGAGAGCCUGCCUACACAGCGUCCUCAACCCAGCAAGCACCCAAUGCAAGCUUCUCUAAGCAUAGGCCGUUACCCUUGACGGGCUUUAAGCAGGACCCGUUUUCUGAUCUUGCGCAGCUGGCGCAUUCUCUUCCGCCACGUCCACAUUCAGCAGCUGAGACAACGAGCACUCGUAACAGGGCAAACAGUCUAAGAUCUGACUCAGACUCGGAUGGUGGAGCAGACGCCCGCUCAGAGUUAGAGAAUGAUAACUUUGACUAUUGGAUGCGUGAGAGUAUGAAGCCCAAUGAAUACCAGACGAAUGUACCACAACAGGCUGGGGGUGCUCCUCCUGCGUCUCCGGAUCUUUUUUCCUUUCCAGUUGACUCCCAAGGCUGGGAAGCGGACGCGAUGUUUGGUGCGCUGAAAGGCCAUGGCUACCUCGGCUCACCGGUGCCAGCUCUAAAGCGGGACCCCAUCGACGAGAUUACGAGCUCGUUGCAAAUGCAACAAGCAGAAGUACUGGAUGCUGCCAUGAAUGGUUCCGCACCCCCCACCCCUGAUCGAAGAUCAAGUUUGCAUGCACGUACCGGUAGUACGAAUACGAUGCAUAGGUUUGGCAGCAAGCUUUGGAAGAGUCCGGUAAAAGGACCAGUUGCGGAUACCUGGGCACACGAGAGAGCUAGAAGCAACAGUGUAGACACUACAGCCCAGGGAUCUGCCUUGAGAAUGCCACCUCGACAAUCGGAAGCAACGGCGAUGGGAAAACGUAGCCACUACCCACCCAUCUCUGGACAGGCGUCUAAGGGGCGCAGUCUAGGUCUGAAUACGUUCUUUAAGAGGUCCGGCUCAGAAAGCUUCAGUGUCCCUUCCAGUGCCACUGAGGGUACUUUUCCCAUCCCUACGCCGGCCCAGUUACAAUCCUUACCUCAGUCGCUGAGCUACGCACAAGGCUCAGGAAGAAGUACUGUCCCGCCUCCAGCAACCAUGUCGUGGUGGCACCCACCGCCAGGUGUCCAAGAGGACGAGCUUAGCAGCGCGACACCUCCCCCCAUCAUGCGAUCCCGUGGUCAUUCAUUAGUCUCGAGCACUGGAGGCAUGCAAUCAACGGGCCCGACCACACCGCAGCAUUACGGCGGUGCGAUGCCACCCCCAAGCACGCCGACGACGGUAGUACCCGUACACGGCGGACAGGUGGGCACAACUCCUAAUGGAGGACAGAGUGCGGGUAAGAAGAAGUGGUUGAAUCUUGGUAGAAUGGGGAAUUUGAAGAAUAGGAUGGGCUGAGUAUGCCUAUCGUCUACAACUUGUACAAUACGUACGUGGGGUCUGCGGCGGUGGAGAAAAACACCAAUGGACCAAGAUGGGCUGAGGAAUUCCAUCAGC